AUGUUUGUGAGCAGACUGAUCCUCCUCCAUCAGCUUCAAAAACUCCUCCUGAGGAUGAGUCUGUCAGAGGAGAGGAGCUCUUUUGGAGGGAGAGACAGCCGGAAGCUGCAGAUCACUGAGGACAGGUCUGCUGCAGGUGAGGGGACAGACAGAGACACCAAGACGUCCCAAAACUUCACAGAAGAAGAGCUACAGAUCCACAGAAUCCACAGAGAGGCAUGCCUGGCGAAGGAGCAGAUGUACGUCGACCCUUCCAGUGGGUAUGAGGUGUUCACAGAGUAUGCCCACCUUCAGAGAGGGGAAUGCUGCGGCAGCGGGUGCAGACACUGUCCAUAUGGCCGAGUCAACGUGAAGGACCCUGCAGCGAAGAAACGCUUUAACUCCCUGUUUUACGUGUAG